UUGACGUAAGUCAGUGUGGCGGCCGAGGCGCUGUAGGGAGGACGUGGAAGGUGUAUGCAGUGUGUUAGGUUUUCGUCGUGGCUGCGGUUCUUAUUUAGCUCUCGUAUUGCAUUAAUCAGAAAAGUUAUCCUUCGUCUUCAUUGAAGCUAUUAGAUUAUACUUCAUUAAAGGAACAUGAUUUCCCGUCUACUUUUUAGAAGACUGACAGAAAGACAUAAUGCAGGGACCAGUGUGCUGGGUGUUCGUAUGAGACACACUGAGGAUUACCAUAAAAAUUGGGAACACAAGAGACAUAAACACCAUGUAGCUGCCACCAUAGUUGGGGCUGGAGCUGGUGUGGCUCUCUGGCUUGGCUAUAAUCAUCAGACAGGUGCUUCCAGUUUGCCCAUAGAAGCAGAAGAAGAUCUGGAAAAGUAUGGGGCUUUUCGCAAUGGAUUACCCGAGUACACCCUCGAGGAUGUGUCCAAGCAUGCCACCAUGGAAGACCGUAUAUGGGUGGCAUAUCGUCGUGGAGUGUAUGACAUUACUGAUCUCAUCCAUAAACAUCCAGGUGGAGACAAAAUUCUUAUGGGUGCUGGAGGGUCAGUGGAACCUUUCUGGGCAUUGUAUGCAGUUCAUAAGAGUGCUCAUGUUUUAGAAUGGUUUGAGUCAUACAGAAUAGGAAAUUUGGCUGCUGAUGAUAUAGGGUCAUCUGUUAGAAAUAUGAAUGAUCCUUAUGGCAAUGAACCUAGGAGACAUAUAGCACUGAAGCCUUCCUCCAAGAAACCUUUUAAUGCAGAGCCACCUUUAUCCCUAUUGGUGGACAACCUAAUAACUCCUAAUGGCCUGUUUUAUGUGCGGAAUCAUCUCCCAGUACCUGAAAUUGAUGCAGCAAAUUAUGAAUUAGAGAUAUGUGAUGAAGGGGCUAAGAAAGAGAAGACCUUGACACUUGAAGAUAUCAAGAAGUAUCCCAAAAUCACCAUCACAGCUACUAUCCAGUGUGCUGGUAACCGCAGAUCAGAGAUGACUAAGGUAAAACCAGUGAAAGGGUUGAGUUGGGGUCAGGCUGCCAUUGGAAAUGCUACUUGGAGCGGCGCACGUCUUUGUGACGUGCUGAAGGACAUGGGCAUUGAAGAUGGUAAAACUGAUGCUUUACAUGUGCAGUUUGAAGGUUUGGACACUGAUCCUGCCAAUAUGCCAUAUGGCUCAAGCAUUCCCAUUGAGAAAGCUUUAAAUCCCCAUGGAGAUGUUAUCCUAGCCUACGAGAUGAAUGGAGAACCUAUUCCCCGGGACCAUGGGUAUCCACUAAGAGUUAUUGUACCAGGCGUUGUUGGAGCUAGAAAUGUGAAGUGGCUUGGAAGAAUAAUUGUGUCAAAAGAGGAGUCUGAUGCACACUGGCAACAAAAUGACUAUAAAGGCUUUGCACCAAGUGUAGAUUGGGAUACUGUGGACUUUAAAAAGUCUCCUGCAAUCCAGGAACUGCCUGUUAUAUCUGCAAUAUGUGAACCAUCAGAGGGAGAGAAGGUCAAGGUUGUAAAUGGCAAAAUCAAAGUAAAAGGAUAUGCAUGGAGUGGAGGUGGAAGAAAAAUUAUUCGAGUUGAUGUUUCUGGUGACGGAGGCAAAAAUUGGCAAGCAGCUGAUGUGUUGGAGUCUGAUGGAUCACGCCACCCUAAAGCUUGGGGCUGGACUAUAUGGACUGCAGAAGUACCUGUCCAUGGUAAGGAGUCUGAAGUGCAGCUGUGUGCCAAGGCUGUUGAUUCACAAUACAAUACACAGCCAGAAAACUUUGAGAACAUAUGGAACCUCCGAGGAGUUUUAGCCAAUGCUUAUCACAGAGUUAAUGUUAAGAAAGGAAAGUAACUGUGGUAUGUCUAAUAGUUGGUACUCUUGCAAUCACUCUGCAUCAUAGUAGAAGGCUUUUGUCAAUGCCUUGUAGAAGAAAAUUAUUAAUGACACUGAAAUACUGAAAAAUAAUUAUUUAAAACUCUGGAAUUAUAGGAAUUAUUAUUUUCAAUUUCAUUAUAAUUGCUCUAACAGAGAGUUUUUGAUAAGCAGAGGUAUGUAAGUUUUUUAACCUCUGUUUCAAUGAAUUAUUCUUAACAUUGGUGCAAUCACUUUAUUAUGUUCUUUUAUAAUUGAUGUCAGGUGUCCUCAAAGAUAAUGGUGAGGGGCAUCAAAUCUGAACUGAGUGAGGGUUAUUUUAUUGGUCCUCAAUAUCCCAUGCAUCUCAAAAGUAUCAUAAAAAAAAAUGUUGAUUUCAGACUUUUCAAUCACCCUAUACAAUGCAUUAUAUCAGUACAGAAAUGUGGCAAUAUUGUACCUUAAGAUUCUUUUAAAAUUUAUGUUUAAUAAUACAGUACUCCUGUACAAGUAUCCCUCACGACACCAACCUUCGUUUACACAACUACUGUACUGUAUUCUGUUCGUACACCUCUUUCUCACCAAUAUACAAAAGCUAUGGUCUCUUAAGGUAAUGUACCAAAUUUAUAUUUAAUUAAUUUCUUAAUGUGCCAGGUGCUAAAUUACAGUAAUUAGGUACACAUUUACAGUGGUUAGGUAGUUAUCUUUUUGAAAACUGAUGUAAUUUGUUUUAGGUAUACUGUACAUUGGGGGUUUAAGUCUUGUAAUUUGUUACUAAACUACAGUGAUUAGGUUCUAAUUUACAGUAGGUAGGUAGGAUUUUGUUGCUUGUGAAUCUAAUAUUGAGGUUUUCUUUUCAUUGGGGAACCAAAUCUUAUUUUUUUCCAUAUGUUUUAGUGUUUUAUAUACGAAUAUUCACAAAACUAAUGGUUUUCAAGAAACUUAACCAGUUCGUAUAGUGAGGGAUACCUAAAUUACAAAGUCGUUUUAAAUAUUAAUUAUAAAUAAUAAUAAAGAUUAUACUGUGACACUAGA